AUGGAAGGAAAUGAAUUGAACGUUUUUUCACAUUCUCAAUCUGAUGAAAGUGAAAAAGAUGACAGUCUGAGCGAAAACAUAGUGCGACAUAAUAAAAGUGGAUUUCGACACUUUGUUGAAGAAUCUACUUUAAGAAAUAUUUCCCUUGAUGAACUAGAAGAACUGAGUGAUGCUGGUUGUGUUUCAAGUGUGGAUGGAAAUAUUAGACGGACGCCCAGCUCUGUCAGCAGUGAGCAAGCCAUUCGAACUGCAUUUAUUUUAGAAUGGAAUUCGAACUAUUUCAAUAAGCCAGAAGGAUUGCUGAGGCUAGCUCUUUUGGUUUGUUCAGCUAUUAGUCUUGGGUGUAUCACAAGUGCUGGAAAUUAUGAAAUAGAUGUUUUGGAUACACCAUUUUCUUCAUCUGUUCGUGCACAUGUUUUUGUUACAGUAUUUGGCUUUCUAGUGGAAACUAUGUUUUUCUUUUUAGGAGUAACCACACUUGUUGAAAGUUUUCCCCUUUAUUGGAACAUAAUUGAUGCCGCAUUAAACGGAAGUUUGUGUAUUCUUUUCAUUUUUUCUUCUGCAAUGCUUCUUCAUGCUGAACAUCAUUUUCAUCACAAUGUCUCAGCAGAUUCAAACUGGACUAAAGUACAGAUCUCAUUGGCAGCUGUGUUUGGAUUUCUUUGUACCAUAAUAUGUGUUUUCAUUGCUUUAAUUCGUUCCUGUGCCAGCAGAGCUCCUGCAGUCCCGGAAGACAUUGUACUCACGUCAUUGAGGUCAAGUUAA